AUGAGCGGGGCGGCGCUGGUGAGCUACAGCAGCUCCGGUUCGGAAGACGAGAGCGGCAGCGCCCAGCGCGACGGAGCCGCCAGCGCCGCCCGUGAGGGCGGCGGCGGCGCGGACGCCCCCUCAGGCCGUUGCCGCUCGGCCCUCGCCAGCGUAACAGCUCCUCGACUUCCUAUACCAGACAGUGUGCUAAGUAUGUUCAGAGACCAGGAGGAGAAAGAGAUGGUGGUGGAUGAUAGCAGCAAACAUGGAGGCCGCCUGCGAACCUUCCCCCAUGAGCGAGGCAACUGGGCAACGCACGUCUACGUGCCUUAUGAGGCUCAAGAGGACUUCCUGGACCUGCUGCAACUUCUCCUCUUGCACGCUCGCACAUAUGUGCCUGUGCUGACUGCAAUGACGGAGUUCCACAUCAGCCUCUCUCAGGGGGUGGUCCUGCGCUAUCACUGGAUAAACCCUUUUGUCCAGUCUCUGAAGGAACACCUGUCGUCCUUCCACAGGUUCAUCUGCAAAGCAGACCAAGUGAAGGUUUAUACCAACCAGGCCCAAACCAGGACCUUCAUUGGCUUGGAGGUUUCUACUGGCCAUUCUCAGUUCUUGGAGUUGAUUUCCGAAGUGGACAGAGUUAUGGAGGAUUUUAAUCUGACACCUUUCUACAAGAAUCCAUCAUUCCAUCUCAGCCUUGCAUGGUGUGUUGGGAACCUCUCUAAAGAACUCGAAGGCCGGUGUCUUCUGGAGCUGCAGGAGAUUGUGGAUGGGUUUGAGGACUCUUCGUAUCUUCUGCGAAUCCCUGGGGCUGAAGUUCGUUGCAAGUCUGGCAAGAAGUUUUUCUCCUUCCCUCUGCGUUAAGAGCCCCAGAACAGCGGCGUACUGACUGAUUAUGGGCAUUAUUAGUCCUUUCACCCAGGAUGAAAGGAAUGGUCAAACACCACCCACCGCUGGAGGCCCAGACUCGACAGUGGGGCAGCAGCAGCCUCCCCCAUGGGUGGUUUUGCCUUUGCAGCUAUGAGCCGUGUUGGGCUGCUCUACAACAUCUGCUGGUGCUGCAUUGCCAACCACCGUUUCAUGCUAAUGGGAUUGCUGGGCGAGCUGCGGCAUGUGGAAAUGUGGGGCGCAGAUGAAAGUGAUGCUCUGAUCCUGUGGAGGUGGAGCAAGAUCUCCAGGACCUGACCUGGAGGGAGACAAUCUUCCAAUUAGGAGCUUUGGAAUCCUGCCUCUCCCUAAAGCGGAUGGUGCCCCACAAGAGCACCACUCGAGUUGAGAGCAGUAAAGCUGCCUGGUCGUCAGGCAGUUUCUGUUAGCUAAGAACAGUUACAAUGAGAAAUAAAAGUACAGAGGUUAUUUCAUUGACUGCUUCAAAAGCCACAAAACCUGUUACUGUCAGUCUUUCAGAUAAACACCAGGGGGCAGCGGUGGCUCGGGAAGGCCACAAUGUUCUGAGCUGCUGCCAUAUAUAGGUUUAACCACCCUGUCUCUCUCCCCCCCCCCCCCCCCCCGCACUCUCCCCAAUCCCAUAAGAUGCUUACAGGGGAAGAGAAUUCUGAGAUACUCAUAAGGCCACAGUUCCAACGUUUUCUAGGGGAAACCAUGACUGCUAAAGAGGCUUAAGUGUAUUGAAGAGGCAGCAGUAAGAACCAAUGGCCAUUGCAAAGUUCCCUGUUAAUGUAGCUAGAUUGGAGCUGCUUGCUGCUCUCUCUAGGAAGAAAGGCCUCUUUUCUUUGCAUCUUUUUCUCAGAAGUGACGAGAGUGCCUAGACCCCACUAUGUCACUGUGACUCUGCAAAAGUAUGCAACACUUUAAUUUAGUGCCAUCCCCUGAUGCCUUACCCAAAGACUGUUCACCCAACUAUGGUAAAGAAAAACAUUAGGUUGACUCCAUAUGAACAUAAGAAGAGCCCUGAUGCUGGAUCAGACCAAGGGUCCAUCUGGUCCAGUACUCUGUACGCACAGGGGCCAACCAGCUGUCGGCCAGGGACCCACAAAUAGCACACGGGUGCAAGAGCAACAUCCUGCCCAUGUUCCCCAGCCACUGGCGUAUAUAGGAUUACUGCCUUUGAGGUAGCACAUAGCCAUCAGGACUAGUAGCCAUUGAUAGCCGUCUCCUCCACCUUUGUCUACAUGUUUAUUGAUACUCUCAAAAAACUAAAUGGUUAGUGACACAGGACUUUCCUUUGAGGAAGCCAUGUUGAUUCUUUUUCAGCAGGCCUUGUCCCUCUAUAUGCUUACUAAUUUUGUCUUUAAUAAUACUUUCAACCAAUUAACCCAGAACAGACAUUAAGUUAACCGGCCUAUAAUUUUAUGGAUCUCCACUGGAUCCCAUUUGUAAAAAUUGGUGUUACAUUGGCCAUCUUUCAGUCAAAGAAUCAAAGCAUGGUAGAGUUGAAAGGGUCCUAUAAGGCCAUCAAGUCCAACCCCCUGCUCAAUGCAGGAAUUCACCCUAAAGCAUCCCUGACAGAUGGCUGUCCAGCUGCCUCUUGAAGGCCUCUAGUGUGGGAGAGCCCACAACCUCCCUAGGUAACUGAUUCCACCGUCGUACUGCUCUAACAGUCAGGAAGUUUUUCCUGAUGUCCAGCUGGAAUCCGGCUUCCUGUAACUUGAGCCCAUGAUUCCAUGUCCUGCACUCUGGGAGGAUCGAGAAGAGAUCCUGGCCCUCCUCUGUGUGACAACCUUUUAAGUAUUUGAAGAGUGCUCUCAUGUCUCCCCUCAGUCUUCUCUUCUCCAGGCUAAACAUGCCCCGUUCUUUCAGUCUCUCUUCAUAGGGCUUUAUUUCCAGACCCCUGAUCUUGCUGGUUGCCCUCCUCUGAACAUGCUCCAGCUUGUCUGCAUCCCUCUUGAAGUGUGGUGCCCAGAACUGGACGCAAUACUCAAGAUGAGGCCUAACCAGUCUUGUGGUAGAGAUGUUGAUCUUAGGGACAUGUUGCAUAUUUGAGUUAGAAGAUCUGCAAUUUUAUCUUUGAAUUCUUGGAGAACUCGAAGAUGGAUGCCAUAUGCGCCUGGUGAUUUAUUUGCUUUCAGUUUAUCAAUUUAUUCAAUAUACUUAAUUAAAUGCUAGUAUUUAUUAUUGGGUCAUCUUAAAGAAACACUGAUAUUGGACUACAAUGGAUAUGUUUGUUUUUCUUCAUUAAACCCAUUGUCUUUU